GUGACCCGGAAGCUGACGCCAGACGGUGAGCUGUUCCAUUGGUGGAGUAAAGAUGGCUGACCAAGGCGCCGCAGAUCCCGGUAAUAACAACAAUAAUAAAACCGAAGCCUCGGAGGGAACUAUUAUUAAGGUCACAGUGAAAACACCAAAAGACAAAGAAGAAAUCCCCAUUCCAGAGGAUGCCUCUGUCACUCAGUUCAAAGAAGAGAUCUCAAAGCGGUUUAAAGCCAAACAAGACCAAUUGGUUCUGAUUUUCGCAGGGAAGAUCCUAAAGGAUGGAGACAGCCUCAGCCAGCAUGGCAUCAAGGAUGGCCUAACAGUACAUCUUGUCAUAAAGACAGCACACAAGGCAGGAGAAAGCAGUAGCACCCCAGCCUCCAGCUCAGCCUCCACUCAAGCUGCCAGUUCAUCCACCUCUAGUCCAGCAACCAACCCCCCUCCCACAGCAGCUUCUACUGGUUCUGCUCCACCACCGACACAGACACCCAACAUCUUGACUGGCUUUGGCGACCUGGCGAAUCUGGCAGGAAUGGGCAUGGGCUCAGGGAACUUCAUGGAAUUGCAGCAGCAGAUGCAGAGGCAGCUCAUGUCCAAUCCAGAGAUGCUUGCUCAGAUCAUGGAGAACCCGCUGGUGCAGAAUAUGAUGUCCAACCCAGAUCUGAUGAGGCAAAUGAUCAUGGCAAAUCCUCAGAUGCAGACACUGAUGGAACGCAACCCCGAGAUUUCCCACAUGCUCAACAACCCAGAGCUCAUGAGACAGACCAUGGAGCUGGCCAGGAACCCAUCCAUGAUGCAGGAAAUGAUGCGGAACCAGGACCGGGUUUUGAGCAACUUGGAGAGCAUCCCAGGAGGUUACAAUGCCUUGAGGAGGAUGUACACAGAUAUUCAGGAACCCAUGUUUAGUGCUGCCAGGGAACAGUUUGGUAGCAACCCGUUCUCAGCUCUAGGUGGCGGCUCCGAGUCUGGUGCCCAGCCGUCCCGGACAGAGAACCGGGAGCCUCUGCCCAAUCCAUGGGCCCCAGCAAAUUCUUCUACCCAUCCUGGGAGUGGAGACAACACCACAGGAGGCACCAGCACCACAGGGGGCACCAACCCCAGUGUGUCCAACCCACUGGGCAUCAGUUCAGGAAGUCUAGGCAACGGCAUGUUCAACAGCCCAGGUAUGCAGAGUCUACUGCAGCAGAUCUCAGAAAACCCUCAGCUGAUGCAGAACAUGCUCUCUGCUCCCUACAUGCGCAGUAUGAUGCAGUCACUGGCCCAAAACCCAGAGUUGGCCUCCCAGGUUCUGAUGAAUAACCCCUUGUUUGCUGGAAACCCACAGUUGCAGGAACAGUUCAGGUCUCAGCUCCCCGUCUUUCUGCAGCAGAUGCAGAAUCCUGAAGCCCUGUCAGUGAUGACCAACCCCAGAGCCAUGCAAGCUCUAAUGCAGAUUCAGCAAGGCCUACAGACACUGCAGACAGAAGCACCGGGCCUCAUGCCAAGUUUCAUGCCAGGUGGAAUUCCUGGCAUACCGACAGGAGGAGCCGUGCCCGCAGAGAACCCGGCCCCCUCUCCCAGCACUGCAGGAGCAAGCCCCGCCCAGCAGCAGCUGAUGCAACAGAUGCUCCAGAUGUUUGCAGGAGGAGGAGGAGGAGGAGUAGGAGGAGGAGGAGGAGUAGGAGGAAGUCCAACGACCCAGGCCCCUGAGGUGAUGUUCCAGUCCCAGCUGGACCAGCUGAACGCCAUGGGCUUCAUCAACCGCGAGGCCAACCUGCAGGCCCUCAUCGCUACUGGGGGAGACAUAAAUGCCGCUAUAGAGAGACUGCUGGGCUCACAGCCCUCGUAAUCGCAUACAGUACACACUGACACACAACCACAUGCAUACAUACUUAAUUCAUACACACACACUCAGCAUAUUCACAGAACUGAGACAUAACUGGUUCAGAGAAAAGGAAUAAAAACGUCGGCUGGCAAGGAAAUCACAACAGUUUCUUAAUUCAUUGAUAUGUUUGUGCAAGACCGGAGAAUACAUAUUAAUCCCAUGUGAUGUGAUCGGCUGUUGGCUCCUUUUCAUACAUGGUCAUCAUAAGACAGUUUGUUUGCAUUUUCCUAGCAAAUCAAUACAUGAAGAUAUGUUGAACAGACGGAGCUUAACGGGAAUCUUGCCCAGGCGUUCAGUCCCAUUCCUUGCUCUUUCCAUGUUCUUGAGAUUCUACAUAACUUACUGUUUAGCCCAACAGUUUUUACUAUUUAUUGCAAAAGCUUCAGGAAAUAUGCCCUACAUUCAACCUUAAACUUGUGAUUUGUCAUUCUGGAUAAACGUGCCCAAACCUCUGGUGCACAGUGUUUUUAUUUCUUCUUUUUUUUUUCUUUCCGAGGCACCACUGCUGUGCCUUCUGUCCAUCCAUGACGUGUCAGAGCAUAGUCAGCAAACCACACACGCGCACACACACACCCUCACUUGAUGAUUUAAUAAUGAAACGUCAAUGAAUUCCCCACAGCGCCAUCUAAAUCUGUGAUCAUACUCAAACAUCACUUUACUGCAGCUCUGAAGCAGAAGACACAGGUAGAAUGAAUACGAAUGGAAAAAUCUUUCUUUCAUUUUAAUCUGAUUCUUUGUUUUAUUUUUAUUUUAUUUUUGUAUCUCUUUUCGGUGCAGUUUGUACCUAGAGAUAACGAUUAAGAUUUGUGUGACAUUAAAUAAACAUGGAAAUCAAGAGAAUAAUAAAAAAAAAAGAAGAAAAUGGUGGAAAGGCUUUACAAAAAAUUCUGUUCCGGUUGCAGUUGCACCAUGUGUUUCUAAAUCAAAUUCUAGUUUGUCAUUUUUUUUUUCUUUAGAAAAUCCCAGCAUUGUAGUUGUGGUAACCUUGGCAACUGCUGCGAUAGCUUUGCUUUGUCUGUUGACCUCAGCUGAAAAAAAAACCAACAAAAAACAAAGUCUCCCAGUCAAACAUGUUGGAACUAACUUUUAACAGUACUGUACUAAAAAAAUAAAACAUGGUCAAAAACA